UAGAGAAUGGUUAUGUUUAGCGUUUCUCAGCUUUCUGUGUGAAUAAAAAUCAAUAUUUUGUGGUGUGUCGAGAGAUUCGGCCGUAGAAUGUACCAAUUAUAGCAGUGAUAUUUAGUAGUUCAAAGUCAUAUAAGCAAUAGUAAAUAUAAUGGACGAAGCAAGCAUGCCUUUACAUUUGGAGCCAAUGCAGCCCAAAGACCUCUGCGAGAAGAGGCUGUGGAUCGGAAACUUGGAUACUAGGGUUAAUGAGUAUCAACUACUGAAAAUGGUCCGCGUGUACGGCUCUAUCGAGAAGUUCGACAUGCUGUUCCACCGCAGCGGGCCCGCGGCGGGGCAGUCGCGCGGGUUCGCGUUCGUCACGUAUCAAAGGAGACAAGACGCUGUGCUCGCCAUGAACUCGCUUAACGGACAGCUGUUGGGCUGUAAGAAGAUUUGUGUCAAGUUCGCUAAGAACUCGGCGGAGGAACAAGAACGGCCUAAACCCGAACUAGGCAUACCAGCCCUCUCCGGAGCCAAGCCGGAACUAAGGCUAAGCAAGAAGACCGCCAUCCAAUCCAUCGAGGCCAAGCUCAAGAUGAUGGAAAACAUGAAGGCCGGCGACGACUUCGUUGUCAACAAGCUAGCGGCCAACGAAGCGCCCGUCAUUAAGCAGUAUCAGACGAAGCAGCAUCAGCCGCAGAAGCCUAGCACGUCCUUUAGACGGAGGCAUCCUUAUCAUAGGAAAAGAUAAAUUAUGUUUAAAUAUACAGCUCCAUUCAUGAAAACUGGCAUGAUUGGAAUUAACUGUGUUUGCUGAAAUCCCUCUAAGGGUGGUAUGGUACCUGUCCAAUUUCUUUGUCCAGUGUCAGUGCGUCUCACUCUCUCAUUAAAGCAAAGUGUUUGGACAAAGAAAAUGGAUAGGUGGAAUACCACACAAGUGAUGUAUUGUCGAAUAUAUAGAUAAUAGUUUGUUCACUGCCAUGUACCUACUUUUAUUCGAUAUGUGUAUCAAAAUAUGACUGCAUGUCGAAUGGAGGUCCUUGAUAUCCGCAAAAGCAAUAUUUACGCAAAUUUUAAUGUAUAACAAAUCGCCUUCACAUCGCUUUUAUGCACUUAUAUCAUGUUGGAAUGUUUGCUGUAAGUUUUUCUUAAAGUUUCAAAUUGCAAUAUUACAAGUUCAUUACUGGCAACAUUGGGAGGCUAUUUGCAAAAUGUUGCCACUUAGGUGAUUUUUUUUUAAAUUGUGACUUAUUUUUGGAAAUGCUACAAAUUUUAAUCUCAUAAUUUAAUCGUGAUCUUUUUACAAAUAAGUUUAUCAGUAUUAGACAAUCAUUUUACACAUAAAAGUAGCUUGCGGAAUUUUGUCGUAAUACACCAAUUUUGGCACUAAAAUAUUCCACACUGCUAUGUCUCUAUUCUUACAUUUUGUGGAUAAAUUAGUCUAUUUACUUGCCUUAUUUAUCAAGCUAUAAAUUUACAUUACAUACCUGCAAAGUUAGUGUGGAAUCUCGUAAAAAACUGAAUAUUUAUUAACCCAUUCAACACUAAAAUAUUGUCGUCGUAUUAGCUAUAGGUAUGUUCACAUCAGCUACGACGUAACGUAGCGUAGCUUAACAGUAAAUGCGUUAACGGAACCGAGCUUCCUUUCGUGUUUUGGUAUCAUGUGUUCAUUGUACUGUAGAUGUUUUGUGAAAGAUUUAUAUUAGAAAUCUUGUAGGGUGACUGUGUGCUAUAGAUAUUGGCCACUCCAUAGUAAGGCAGAAAGAAACAAGCCAAUAUAAGUCUUAUUGUUAAGAGUGGCUAAUAACUAUAGCAGCCACCCUAACAUUGAGAUUUUAGAGAUGAAAUACUAAUCGUAGUUCAGGAAAAAAUUAAAUAUGCAUGCUGUUGAAACAAAUGUACCUACGUGAUCAUCAUUUGAAAUAGUGAAAUGAAAUCAAGGUGACCCAAAGUUUAGACCAAUACAUUCAGUGCCAAACUUAACAUUUCUCAUUCAGAUUAACUAAGUAUAGUUUUCAGCGCUGAAGUUUUAAAAAACAAAUAGUAUAUUAUUCUUUCUCAAAAAUAUUUAAAUCGUGUAGUGUAGGCACUUUGUCAUUCUAUUACCUGAAAUCAUGAUUUUUUAACGUGUGAUUGUAUUAUUUUUUACUCACAACAAUUUAAGGUAGUCAGACCAAGAUAAGUUUUCAACGAUUUUGAUAGCACACACAGUGCAAGUGUUAUUUUCGGGUCACCAUGAUCAAUUACUUAACUGAUAUUCAAUGUAAUUAUAGGUUUUAACAUAUUGUGAAUUGUAAGUAAAGUCUGAUAUUAAUAUUUUUGUAUUAAGUUUAAUGAAUUUAGUAGUUAUUUGCUAGGAUUUAGCCUUACGUGUUCGUGUUUAUGUGUUGAAUGUUCAAUAUAAAAUUAACCCCU